CACCAAACUACUGCUGCCUCUGAUUUCUCUUAUCACUGGACUUGCGCUGAAGAUACAUGGAAAGCCUCAGGUUAUGUACCCUAACCUUACUGACCAUCAUUGUGAUCCUCAACACCUGCAUUUUGUCAACAGAAUCAGCAAUUUGCUGCCUCUCCUACUCCAAAAGGCCAAUUCGGUGUCAGAAGCUGAAAGGAUACACAAUGCAGGAUAUCAACACCUCCUGUGAUAUUAAAGCCAUCAUUUUUCACAGUGUUACAGGAAAGUUAAUCUGUGCAAACCCUGAAAAGCCAUGGACUCAGCACAGAAUACAGUGUCUGAAGGAGAAAGCAGCAAGACUGUCUUCAUCAAUAAUUGGCAAAAAAUGAAUUAAUCCACCGGAUGCUUUUCAAAAUGGCAGUAUGCAGAAGAGAUUAAAUACCGAUUCUGGUCCUAAGAUGUGCUAUUGUAACCUGUCCCACCCAAUCAUUAUUCAUCUUAGCCAACACCUUUACAUGGAAGAAGAUCCACUACCAUUAUAUUCUUCUCCAACAGCUAUUCACACUGAAACAUGGUUGUUUUGAAAAUACGUAUUUGUUCUUUUGUAUUUCAAUAUUCUUUUUUAUGAACAGAAAGUGUAUGCCAGAUGGCUUUUGUAAUGACAUAGUGCCAUACCAUAUAAUGAAGCUAUUGAUGACAACCUGAUCAUUAGUUAGGCCUAGUUUGUCUUUAAAGAUAUGUGCAUAAUGUAAAUGGAAUACUGUGUUACCGUGACAUCUAAAUAGUGAUUGAUUCGUGGAUUAUAUUGGCUAGUAACAUAAGAAUUUCUGGCAUGUGUUCUUGGCAGUUGCCACUAUACAUUUAGAUCAAAAGACUAUUUACCAUGUUGCGAUGGUAUGUCUCUGUACUGCUGUGAAUUCUUGGUUGACCUACAGUUGUGUGGCAUGGCAUGCAUGCCAGGCUUGUGCAAAAUUUCAGAAUUUAAUUAAAACUGGCUCUUAAAUUCCAAUU